GUUGGCGAUGAGAGGUUUUUGCGGUGUGCAGGUCCAAGUUGCGAAUUCCGACCUCAGCCCAACCUCAGCCAGACCUCAGGUCCUCAACUUGACGCUCGGCUGCGUACGUCUGCCCCUCAACUGAGGCGUUCACAUAUGUACACAGCCUGCACAUAUCUUACGAAUAUUACACUUUACCAGCAGUUUCGAAUAUUGUAGCCUGGAGGGGAAACUUCGUAGAAUGUAUUACCGAAGCACCUCAGGGCCAAUGGACUUCAGGCGAACCUCCGAGCCCAUUCCAUGGAGCGUCCCGCUCGACAGCCUAGGAAAGUCCAUAGCAGGCGGAAAGCCAGCAAAGAAGGAGGAGGAAGAGGACUCGGUGCAGGCUAUGGACGUGGUGGAACAGCCAGUGCCUCCAUUGGACGAAAGGACCGAAUUGCAGUCGAAACCAAUGGAAGACUUCCAAUUUGGACCGAUCUCGCCGUUCUCUUCAUCGGGAAUGGCACCCGCAACGCCAAAACGGCGCAUACUACAACCACGGAGACGAUCGCCAAAAGGCCGACCGUUCUAUCGAGAGCUGCAGAGGGAUGAGAGCGGGUCGGAUGAGGAUGUUUUUGUGGCUUGGAACUCGCGGAAACGAUUGAAGAAGGACGACGCGGAAGUGAGCGAAUCUUCAUAUUCUGGGCAUCCCCAAUAUACGCCGACAUCGGAGGGGUUUAGCUCGCGGACCGUGUUGCUGCCAUACAUGAUCAGCGGAUACAUCCAGAUGCUGUUUUCGACCGUUAUCAUCGGAAUCAUGCUGUACAUCAUCGUGCAAUUCGUUCUGACCGUGCAGCAUGAUCUCGAUAUGAAGGCAGAGGAAUAUUCGCUGGACAUCAUCCACCAAGUCUCGGAAUGUUCCAAGAACUAUCUGGAAAACAGAUGCGAUCCAUCGACUAGAGUGCAGUACAUGCAAAAGGCAUGUACUGACUGGGAGAAGUGUAUGCAGCGGGAUCCGAAGGAGGUUGGGAGACUAAAAGUCGGCGCAGAAACCCUCGCCGAGAUCCUCAACAAACUCGUAGAACCGCUCUCCUACAAAACAAUGGUGUUCGGCACCAUCCUCCUAUUCGGCACGCUCCUCCUCACAUCGUCGGCAUUGACACUGGUCAAAUCGCGCGCCUCGUCCGUGCCACAUAUGCCGGCUCACCCACAGCCGUAUUCGCAGGUGCAACAUCACCCGUACCCAUAUAUUCCGCCCCUGGCAACGCCGCCGUCGAAGGCGUGGGAGGCGCGGCCGAGCGCGUUUGUUUAUGCUCCUGCUGCUGAACGCCGGUCGCCGAGUCCCGCUCGUCGCAUUGCAUUUUGAAGGAAACCGUUCAUUUUCCAUCUCACCCCAUUGGGCUUGUAUAUAAAUCAAACACCUGGGUGGGUUCGUC